AUGCUUAAAAAGGUGUAUUCUUCACAUUCCAUUUUACAAGCUUACUUGCAAACUAUCAAUCCCUCAAUCGAGACUGGUGUUCUAUUACCUCGAUCUAAAGAAGGUUCUUCCAAAUGUAGAUGUUCAAAGAAUGUUGAGGAGAGUCCUUCGAAACCAAUUCAGGAGAAGAAAAUAUCAAAGUCUCCAAAGAAGAAACAAACGAAAGAAGUAGCUGUUUCAAAGCCUAAGGAAAAACCAAUUGAACUAGAGACUAAUGAACCUCAAAAGGAAGUGGUUUCUUCGAAAACUGGGGUGUUCAAGAGAAUCAAGAAGAUUACACACAAUUCAAGAAGUUCUUCUGACUGGUCACCUAGUUUUUCUCCAUCAAUGAUUCGUAAGCCACACGUUAUAAGCAAAGGUGUUGUGCUUCGUGAAGUCCCAGUUCCUGUUUUCUCAUCAGCAAAGAAACGCAAAGUCGAAGAUAUGGCCAAACACAUUUCCAACAAACAGAAAAAGAAACUUUGA